AUGUUCACCUUUUGCCCGCUCCAGGGCGCCCUUUCAGACUCGCCCGCCUCGCAAUCGCUGCUUGAGCUCGAUGGAGGAGUCAAGGUGCUGGUAGAUCUAGGAUGGGACGAGACCUUUGAUGUUGAAAAGCUCAAAGAGAUAGAGAAACAAGUAACAACUCUCUCGCUCAUCCUUGUUACACAUGCGACGGCUUCGCAUCUUGCUGCCUACGCCCAUUGCUGCAAGAACAUUCCACAGUUCACGCGCAUCCCCGUGUAUGCGACACGACCAGUCAUUGACCUUGGUCGCACCCUCAUCCAAGACCUCUACACAUCGAGUCCAGCCGCGGCGACAACAAUUCCUCAGAGUUCGCUUACCGAGAGCGCAUACUCGCUAACACAGACUGCAACGACUGCGCAGAACCUACUACUACAAUCUCCCACAAACGAAGAGAUUGCACGAUACUUCUCCCUUAUCCAACCGUUGAAAUACUCACAACCGCAUCAACCUCUCCCCUCGCCAUUCUCACCGCCUCUUAAUGGCUUGACUAUCACCGCCUACAACUCUGGACAUACCCUCGGAGGCACGAUAUGGCACAUCCAGCACGGCCUAGAAUCUAUUGUGUAUGCUGUGGACUGGAACCAGGCACGUGAAAAUGUCUUUGCUGGAGCAGCUUGGCUGGGAGGCGCUGGAGGAGGUGGCGCUGAGGUCAUUGAGCAACUGCGGAAACCAACUGCACUGAUCUGCAGCAGUCGUGGCGCAGACCGAACUGCCCAGACUGGAGGUCGCGCGAAGCGAGACGAGCAGCUGGUCGACACGAUCAAGGCUUGCGUGACACGAGGGGGAACUGUUCUUAUCCCUGUGGAUUCAAGUGCUCGGGUCCUAGAACUCUCGUACCUCCUGGAACAUGCCUGGAGAACCGAUGCUGCUUCUGAUAAUAGCGUCCUCAAGACAGCCAAGCUAUACUUGGCUGGACGCAACAUGUCAAGCACAAUGCGAUACGCCCGAAGUAUGCUCGAGUGGAUGGACGAUAGCAUCGUUCAAGAGUUCGAGGCCUUUGCUGAGGGUCAACGAAAGGUCAAUGGCGCAAACGAUAAGAAGGAAGGUGGACCAUUCGACUUUAAAUAUCUACGACUACUCGAGCGCAAAGCCCAGAUCGCACGACUUUUAAGUCAGAACCCCGACAAUGUAUCGACAGAAGGCCGUGUUAUUCUGGCCAGUGAUAGCAGUAUCGAGUGGGGUUUCUCAAAGGAUUUGAUCAAGGGAUUGGCACGAGACUCGAGAAACUUGGUCAUUCUAACAGACAAGCCGGGUCUAUCAAAGACCGACAAGCCAUCUAUUGCACGAACACUAUGGGAUUGGUGGAAGGAGCGCAAGGAUGGUGUGUCGGUGGAACAAAACGCAAACGGAGAGAAUCUCGAGUUUGUUUAUGCUGGUGGACGGGAGCUGGAGAUCCGCGAGGCCCAACGUCAUGCGCUGGAAGGUGACGAAUUGGCACUAUAUCAACAAUGGCUUGCGACUCAAAGACAGCUUCAGGCUACACAGCAGAGCGGAGGUGCAGCUGGACUCGAGGCCACAGCAGAUGUCGUUGACGAUGCUUCAUCCGAAUCAUCUUCCGAUUCAGAAGAUGAAGAUGGAGAACAACAGGGCAAAGCCCUCAAUGUCUCGACUGCUAUCGCCCAAGCUGGCCGCAAGAAUGUUGUCCUCAAGGACGAAGAUCUCGGUAUCAACGUGCUCAUCAAGAAAAAGGGUGUAUACGAUUUCGACACUCGAGGGAAGAAGGGUCGAGAGAGGACGUUCCCUAUCGCUAUCCGAAGAAGGCGCCAAGACGACUUUGGAGAGCUCAUUCGACCCGAAGAUUACCUACGUGCUGAGGAGAAAGAGGAAGAAGGACAGGACAACACUAGCAUGGAGGCCGCUGACGAUAAGCUCGGCAAGAAACGAAGAUGGGACGAUUUUGCAAAGACUGGAGCCGGUGCCAAGCGGCAACAGAACAUGCGGGCUGGUUCUGUUGACGGAGAAGAGGCUGCAGCUGGUGAUCAUGAUGGUUUCGUGCCUGACGAGCUCGAUAGUGUCGAGGAUAUCGAGACCGAGGAGCCCACGGGGCCAUGCAAACUCACAUAUCAGUCCGAAACUGUCCAGACCAACUUGCGCAUUGCAUUCGUUGACUUUAGUGGUCUGCAUGACAAGCGGAGUCUCAACAUGCUGAUUCCCCUUAUCCAACCACGAAAGCUCAUUCUUGUUGGUGGUGCACGAGAUGAGACACUUUCUCUGGCUGAAGACUGCCGUCGAGCAUUGGGCGGAGAUAACGGCAACGCGGAUACAGGCAGUGAGCGUUCCGUUGACGUAUAUACUCCUGAGGUUGGGGUUGUCGUGGAUGCCAGUGUCGACACCAACGCAUGGGUUGUCAAGCUCGCUGAUCCUCUUGUCAGAAAGAUCAAGUGGCAGAACGUACGUGGCCUGGGCAUUGUUACUAUCACCGGACAGCUUCUUGCCACGCAUCUCAACGAAGCCGCCGCAGCAGACGAAGAUGCUGCCAACAAGCGCCAAAAGACAGAGGAAGCCUCCUCAACAACACUCACCAACAUGGCUGCCGAUAUCCCCUCAGCGACACCAGUUCUCGAUGUUUUACCAGCGAACCUCAUCUCCGCCGUCCGCUCAGCAGCUCAGCCACUACACGUUGGCGAUCUCCGACUUGCUGACCUCCGUCGUGCCAUGCAGUCCGCUGGCCAUGCAGCUGAAUUCCGUGGUGAGGGUACUCUAGUUGUUGACGGUACCGUGGCUGUCCGCAAGACCUCGGCAGGGCGCGUCGAGGUAGAGAGCGUCGGUAUGCCGACUGCACGAAGAAGCACUUUCUACGAGGUGCGUAAGAUGAUAUACGAUAACUUGGCGGUUGUGGCUGGUGCAUAG